CAGGAGAUGAUCACAGGCACGAAGAAAGUCAACAUUUAACAACAGAGGACAUUUAUAUUUGAAAAAAUCAGGCGCUACAGGGAGAUAGAAUGUUCUAGAAGGGUCAUGUGAUGUAACGAGAUCGGAUAUGUCGCACCUUUAAAAAAUUCUCCCGAGGUUGGAUUUCGAUAAUCAGAUAUUUUUGUAACCCAUAGAGUCAAAUUGGUUUUAAAAACGUCUUUUGUUGUUUAAAAUGUUGUUUGGUUAUCCUUUUUCCGAAUUAAAAAUGAAAAGAGAACAUGGGCACGUGAAGGGUUUUAGCCAAUCAGAAACCGAGCUCCCAGCAGAAGGGUAUAAGUAGCGGGCAGGUUGCUGCGAGAGCAGUCCGCCAUCGAAGACUAGAUUUACUUUAAAAAGCCAUUUUUAUUAAACAAAAAAACUAGUAUAAACAGUAUAAAAGGCGAAUCGGGGUUAACCGAUCAUUCAGGAGGCUUCUUUUGGUCGUCCUUUCCAGCAGAAGUUCUUCGGCACUGUUAAAAACGAGCGUUGUUGUGCCAGAAACGGAAAGUGGCACAAUCUGAGGAUGUGUAAUGAGUGCUGAGCCAGCCAGACGUAGCUUCAGAUUGCCUCCUCUCUGUGUGAUUCGCUUUCUGAAGCAGACCCAACCAUGUCCGAGCCGAUACUUGGUGUGAACAGGAACCCCACUCCCCCCGAGUACAAAAACCCCAGAAAGCCUGGGCGCCUCACCAACCAGCUGCAGUACCUGGAGAAAGUGGUGGUCAGAGCUCUGUGGCGGCAUCAGCUUUCCUGGCCCUUCAGGCAGCCUGUGGAUGCCGUUCAGCUCAACCUGCCAGAUUAUUAUACGAUUAUUAAAAUCCCCAUGGACAUGAGCACCAUUAAAAAGCGUCUAGAGAAUAACUAUUAUUGGAAAGCUAUGGAAUGUAUCGAAGACUUCAACACCAUGUUCACGAAUUGCUACAUGUACAAUCGGCCAGGAGAUGAUAUUGUUUUAAUGGCUCAAGCUCUUGAGAAGUUGUUUCUGGAGAAAGUGGCUGAGAUGCCUCAGGAUGAGCAUGAGGUCUUUGCAGUCACCAACAAAGCGCCGCUGAAAGGAAAAAGAAAGCCGUUUGCAGGACUGGUGAAAACACGGCCGCAGUCUCCCAUGUCUGAGGUGGUGUUUCAGCAAACUGUGACGGUCAUUCCUCCUGAGGCCCUGCACACCCUCCCGUCUGCUCCCUUGAGUGCUCAGCUUGAAGCAAAAUUGAAAAAGGGCGUGAAAAGAAAAGCCGACACCACCACCCCUACGGCAGCCCCCGUGACCAGCAGCGAGUCGUCUCCCUGCGUUUCGGAACCGAAGGUCCUGAAGCUGUUCUCGAGGCGAGGCAGCGGUCGGCCCAUCAAACCUCCACGCAGAGACCUGCCAGAGUCACCGCAUCAGCACCAGGGGGGCCGCAGGACUAAGCUCUCAGAGAGGCUCCGAUACUGUAGCGGAAUCCUGAAGGAGAUGUUCGCCAAGAGGCACGCGGCCUACGCCUGGCCCUUCUAUGAGCCUGUGGACGCAGUGGCGCUCGGUCUGCAUGACUAUCAUGACAUCAUCCAUCAGCCCAUGGAUCUGGGAACCAUUAAAAAAAAGAUGGACAGUCGUGAAUACACAGACGCGUUGCAGUUUGCUGCAGAUAUUCGACUCAUGUUCUCAAAUUGCUACAAAUACAACCCACCGGGCCAUGAGGUUGUUGCGAUGGCCAGAAAGCUCCAGGAUGUCUUUGAGUCCCGCUUUGCUAAGCUCCCUGAUGAGACAAGGCCCUCCACUCCCGCUACGCACAAGAAAGGGAGGAAAGAGGGAACAGGUAGCCCAUCCAGCUCAGAGAGCAGCGACACUGAGUCCUCUCUGUCAGGAAGCUCUUCAGACUCUGAAGAAGAAGAUGAAGAAACCAGAGCACAACGACUGUCUGUUCUGCAGGAGCAGUUGAAGGCAGUGAGAGAGCAGCUGAACUUACUGUCCCAAACUCCUCUGCUGAAACCAAAAAGAAAGGAUAAAGUUAAGAAGGAGAAAAGAAAAAAAGACAAACGAAGGAGUGGAGAAAUGAAAAAACCCGUCCCAGCAAAAGUGCACAAAAGGGCGAGCAGCAGCAGCAGCAAGCCAAGGCAGCAUAAGGAGAGUCAACUCUACGAGUCCGAGGAAGAGGAGAGCCCCCUGCCCAUGUCUUAUGAGGAGAAGCGCCGCCUGAGUCUGGACAUCAACAAGCUGCCUGGAGAGAAACUGGGCAAAGUGGUUAACAUCAUCAAAUCUAGAGAGCCCACGCUCCGAGACACGGACCCUGAGGAAAUCGAGAUUGAUUUUGAGAUACUCAAGCCGUCUACACUCCGAGCGCUGGAGAGCUUCGUCCAGACCUGCCUCAGGAAAAAACCCAAGGUGUCUGACCAAAAGAAAACACAAAAACCCACAGCUGAGAAGACUGAGGCUGAGAAGACUGAGACUGGGAAAUCGGAUGCUGUUGAAGAGCUGAGCUCAACCAAGAGUACAAAGACAAAGCGUGAAUCGAUGGCAGCCGAUCCCAAGGAUCUGGCCCACUCUUCUCGGCUCAGUGAAAGCAGCGUUAGCACGUCCAGCUCUGACAGCAGUAGUUCUGACUCUAGCUCUUCUGAUAGCACUGACUCGGACUCAGAACAGAAACCUAAGAAGAAGAAAAACAAAGUCCCUGGUCAUGGCAACAAAGUUAAAUACAAGGCUUUGAAGAAGAGCAUCUCUCUUGAGAUGAAGCAGCUCUCUAAAGGCCUGUCUGCACGGAUACAGCAGACUGUCAUAUCAUCUGCUGAGGUCACAUCUCGACCAACCCCAGCCUUGCAAAGCCAAGUGUCUCCUCAGCCUUCAAGACCUAAUCCCAAACCAAUGCCUCUGGUCCAGGAAAGCAAUAUGACCUUGCUAAAUAUGAAUUCACCCCCAGAACAAGGCUCCUUUCCUCCAUUGGCCCCUAUAGCCCUGGACACCACCGUCUCUCCUCUUAUUUCCCUAAUUAAAGCAGUACCUACUACUGACUCACCUGUGUCUGCCUCACCCAAUAAGCCCCAGAGUUUUGUAGCGCCAUCAUCUACGCACAAUUCCCCAGGGUCAACACCAUCAGAUCCUGUACACACCCGUCCUCAGCAGGCAGGUAUCCCUGCUCUCCUCUCUCCAUUGUCUUCUCCUCCGGGACUGCCGUCUUUAAAUCCAGCCACAACUGGUGCAAGACAUCAUUCCAUCACCAAGCAUGAGCUUUUCCCCCUGGAGCAAUGUCCUGUGCUGUCCAGCCAACUGGGACAUCUAAGGGAGGAUAACGGUGACCCAGGAAAUGCCUCUGCUCAGCUGCACAAAAUGCCUGGCACUAAACCCACAGAUGCAGAACUAUGCAAAUCCAGCCAAGACCACAAACCCAGCACUGCCAAAACGGAAAUCGUUUUGAAGCAUGCAGACUCAUGGACGAGUCUGGGCAAGAUGGCUACUCUCACCCCCUGCACCAUCCGGUCAUCCAAGGAGAGUUUCCAGCAGUUUCGGAAGGCUGCUAUGGAGAAGGAGGAGCGAGAAAGGGCUCGUAAGCUCCAGCUGGAGACAGUCAGAGAAAUAAGUGCCACAGAUAAGACCAGCCUGACGCAGCAGCUCACCAAGGCCAAUCCAGAGAUCCAGGCCUCCAGAACCGAGUCAGAGUGUGCAGAACUUCCUCUGAUGGCUGCCAUCCUGGACCAACCUAAAACAUCAGAGCCUUCUACUUCUACCUCAUGUGCCCUGGACCGUGAGAGAGAGUUGGCAAGAAAAAGAGAGCAGGAGAGACGAAGACGGGAAGCUAUGUCCUCAAUCAUUGACAUGACCAGGCAGAGGGAUAUCAUGGCUACCUUUGAGAAGAACCUGGACUAAGACCAAGAUAAAAUGCUACAUUUUGAUUAAAAAUCAAAAGCAAUCUG